AUGGACGUUCUAUCCGAUGAAGCGCAUCGCGCGGAGAAGAAGAAUCUGUUGCCGGUACUGGCGGAUGAGAAGCUUGAAGGGAGCAUCACGCGGCGCGUGAGUUUUGAGUCGAUCCAGAAUGCGACGAGGAGUUUUGAGUCGAUUCAAAACCCGUUACUGGCGGACGACAAGCUCGACGCGAGACAGCAAGACAUGACGUCGCGCGCGGACGAGAGGCUGGACGGGAGCAUGACGCGGCGCGGGAUGCUCGCCGCCGUUUCGUACAUGAUCUGCGCAGUCACUCUCGUUAUGUUCAACAAGGCCGCCCUCUCCUCCUUCAACUUCCCCUGCGCCAACGUUAUUUCUCUACUUCAGGUGACGUCACGCAACCAGAUGCUCUCCUCCACGGCGCUGCUAGCCGUGCUGCACCUGGCGGGCGCUCUCACCUUCGCCGACAGCUCUGCAGCACCCGAGGUGGCUCUUCUCUUCUCACAUGCUCUCCUCCAUGGCGCAGCUAGCCGUGCUGCGCCUGGCAGGCGCACUCACCUUGCAUUCCCUGAUGCGUAUUCUCGCUCUCCCUCUUCUCCCCCCCCUCUCCCAUCUCAGAUGCUCUCCUCCACGGCGCUGCUAGCAGUGCUGCGCCUGGCGGGCCUUCUCACCUUCGCAGACGCCUCCGCAACACCCGACGUGGCUAGCAGUACUUUCGUGCCUCUGCAAACCCUCGCCCGAGUGCUGCCUCUCUCCCUCGCGUACAUGCUCAACGUGGUGAUCAGCAUGGCGAGCAUAAGAGGGGUCAACGUGCCCAUGUACACGGCCCUCAGGCGCACCACAGUCGCCUUCACCCGUGCAUGUGUGAUCAGCAUGGCGAGCAUAAGAGGGGUCAACGUGCCCAUGUACACGGCCCUCAGGCGCACCACAGUUGCCUUCACCCUCAUUGCAGAGCGCCUGCUGGCGAGCAAGCAGCACUCGGUCUACACGCUCGUCAGGUGGGUGGAUUACCCGCGUAACAAACUGCUUGUUGUGUGGGUUGCAAGUAGCACUCAGGCACACCACAGUCGCAUUCACCCUCAUUGCCGAGCGGCUACUGGCGAGCAAGUAGCAUUCCGCCUACACGCUCGUCAGGUGGGUUACCCUCCUUACACUACUUGCUGUGUGUGUGGGGGGGACUUGCAAGCAGCUUCAUGCCACCACAGCCGCCUUCACUCUCCUGGCAGAGCGGUUGCUGGCGAGCAAGCAGCACUCCGCCUACACGCUCGUCAGGUGGGUGGGGUUGAGGGUAGCACUACACCCCUCUACACUCCUGGUGGACUCAGACGCACCACGAUCGCCUUCACUCUCCUGGGAGAGUGGCUGCUGCCGAGCAAGCAGCACUCCGCCUACACGCUCGUCAGUGUGGCAGUCAUAGUGGCAGGAGCACUGGUGGCAGCAGCAAGGGACUUCUCAUUUGAGGCCUAUGGCUACUCGGUAGUUCUCCUGUCAAACAUCACCACCGCUCUGUAUCUCACUCUUAUUGCGCGACUGGGCAAGUCCACUGGGCUCAACAGCUUCGGCCUCAUGUGGUCCAAUGGUGCAUUGGUGGGUGGUGGUAUGUUGGUGGGUGGUGGUGCGUUGGUGGGUGGUGGUUCGUUGGUGGGUGGCGGUUCGUUGGUGGGUGGUGGUUCGUUGGUGGGUGGUGGUUCGUUGGUGGGUGGUGGUGCGUUCGUGGGUGGGUGGUGGUUCGUUGGUGGUGCUGGCGAUGUGGUGCUGGCGAUGUCGUGUCUCAUGGCCUUUGCUCUCAACUACACCGUGUUUCUCAACACCUCUCUCAACUCAGCCCUCACUCAAAACAUGUGCGGCAAUCUCAAGGUGUGGGGCGGUAAUAUCGAGGUACGUACGCAGUGGUAA